AUGAGAACCAUGACCAUGGCGUCUGAUCAUGUCGCAAAACCUACCGACCCUGAUGGGCUAAUCCUCGAGGCCUGGGGCCAAGGCUUCUUGCUUGGAAGUCUGCUCAUCUUGGCAGCCAUAACAGUGUCCAACAUGAGAGCCGGCGUUCUACUUCACAAGUUGAUUCUACUGGAGCUAGUCUUGGCCAUGGGCCACGGGACUUUCAUAUUUCCUCACGAGCCUGCUUAUGGUUGGUAUCUCAGUGUCACGGCCAUCGGUCUCAAUAUCAGCUGGGCCUUGCACAAUGUCAUCGCCUGGAUGAAGAAUCGCCCAUUUUUGUCCCGCAAGGUCUCGCGCUUCUACAUCGUCACUGUCGUCCUCUGUUUCCCGUACUGGUGUCUGGAGAUUUAUGCCAACUUCGCAUACUUCAACAACUUCAACAAGAUUUUCCUACAUACUCGACCUUUGGAGCCAUUAUUUCGCGAUCCGUGGUGGAUAUUCACCACACUCAGCCUGUUCUGGACUAUCAAGCGUGAGUAUAGUUUCGGUUUGUGGGAGAUCAUUAAGAUUAGUCCUCGCUUCGGUAUCAUGCUCGCUGCAAUGAUCCUCUCCAUUGCUUUCAUCAUCGUCGACACUUGCAGCGUUCUAAAUGCGUUCAAAAGCGUCCUCCCCACCGGCAUCGAGCCAUUCUGGAAGAUUUCAUCCGUGUUCAAGUGUCUAUGCGAUACAGUCGUGCUAGACGAUUUCAAAACCGCCCUCGACCACAUGCGUAGGCACUGGAUGGAGAGGAAGAACCGUGAUAUCUUCGUAUCCCCAUCCAUAACACCCAAUCCAAGCCCUCGUGCUUACAGAGUCCGCGGUGAUAUCGAAUCGGCAGGAUCCCCCGGAUGGCCCGAUUUUCCUUCCGUCUAUAGCCCCACCAAGCAAUCCGGAAGGUUGAGAUACAGGGACAACUCCGAAUCCCUUGAGUCCGGCAAUGGCGACGAGAUCACACGGAGUCCAACUUGCCUGGCAAAUUCUGAGAGGCCCAGGGGAAUUCCAAGCCCGGAGUCCAGAUUCGAGAACCGCCAUUCCAUGAGGGAAGAGAUCCCGGAUAUCCCUUUACAGCGGAUGUAG